UUUAUCUCGAUGAAUGGAAGAGGAGCAAAUUCUUCUUUCUUGUCCUUUCAUUACCAUAUAUGUCCGUGUUUUGAAGUUUGUUGACAUAUAUUUGGAGAAUGGUCCCUAGUUGUUUGAGAUAAAACUUGCAGUUUAAGUGAUACAUUUUAUCAUUUUUGUAUAUGUAGGCGUGUUGCUUAAUUGUUCUAAUGCAACCUCGCUAAAAUGCUUGAAUGUGCUAUACUCUUUUUAUGGGAGAGACCAACAACACACAAGUUUUCUUGUGUCAGAAUAAAAAAAUGAGAAAAAAAUAGAAGUAUUAGCUAUUUCAUCAUCUUUUUAACUCCUAAUGUGUACAUUUGUUGGAUUUGUGAAAGGCGGACCAAGUCCACUGGUGCAAAGAUCUCUAGUAUCUCAUCCUGAAAUCUGCAGCACAUGCUAAUGAUUUUGUAGAAUUUUCAAAUUGUUAUGUUUAAAUACGUAAUUUCAUCUUGAAAUGAAAAUAUGUUGCAACAUCUACUUAUGCGUUGUAUCGGCACAUAGUUGGAAACAAUAUUAGUAACUAGAACUACUCUGAUCAAAUUGGAGACUCUCUAUGCACUACAGUUGGAGUCUGGACAAGGUAGGUUGAACGGAGGAGAUACUACCCCUACCUUUUAUGUCACUAUUUUGUCAGUAAAGGCAAGUAGUAUCAUUUUAGUUGGUCUUUGUAUAUUUUGGCUAUUUGCUUUGCACCUACUUUGUGAAAGGGACAAUGGUUAGCACUAAUUUUGAUUCGCACUUGUGUUUGUCCACUCAUUUUGUGUCUGGUUCAUGUUGGACAUUCUGCAUAGACGCUAACUUAAACAAACUCCAAAUAAUUUAUAGCCGUCUCCUCAAAAGCUAAAAAAGAAAAAGAAGCGGUAAUAUGCAAUUCCACCUGUCAAAUCCUUUCAUAACAUCCCACUUUUAAAAGCAUUAUGGAUAUCAUGCACAAAUUCCCUACUUCAGAGUUCAUACACGUACUACUUCAAGAAGAAGACCAUGAGAAAGAAAAAGAACCAAGCAUCCACUUAUCCAAAGAUUCUUGAAAUUUUAUGCUGAUGAUCAAGCAAAUAGCUUGAAGUUUUGUUACAUGACUUUCUCAUGAAUAUAUUGGGGAGGCAAAGAUACCAUUAUUGUAGAAUUCAAACAUUAAAUGGCCAUGUAUGAUGAAGUACCAGGAGCUGUUGGGACAAGUGCUGGUUUCGCUUUGAGACUUGGGCAGACCAUCUUCUCUGCUGCUUCUCUUUUGUUCAUGUAUUUAGGAGUUGAAUUCCACAACUAUACUGCCUUCUGCUUCUUAGUAACAAUCAUGGGUUUGGUCAUUCCCUGGAGCAUCACUUUGGCGUUGAUUGACAUAUACUAUGUUUUGAUUCGUUGCCCCAUUCGUCAGCCCGGAAUCCUUCUUUUCAUUGUUAUUGGAGAUUGGGCAUUAUCAUUCCUGACACUAGCAGCAGCUAGCUCAAUUGCUGGAAUUGUUGAUGUUUUGCACAGGACAGAUGAAACAUUCUGUCCUGCUGGAUUAUGCAGUAGAUAUCAGAUAUCUGCUGGGUUAGCCUUCUUGUCAUGGUUCCUCUCCAUGACUUCAUCUCUUUCCAAUCUUUGGUUUCUUUCUUCUCUCACAACCUGAUCAUCAAUUUCCAACUAUGCUUUUAGUAUUGGAGGAACUAUUUAUUUUCU